AUGGGGAUGGCUAUCAAUAUUCCUUCCUCAAGUGCCGGCCCGAUACGCCGUCGUCGCUUUAGCACGGCGAAGAUACAGCCUACGCGGAUCAAGAAGGUGAUGCAGUCUGAUGAAGAAAUUGGCCGUAUGGUUGCAUCUGUCCCUGUUGCCAUAGGAAGGGCAAUGGAACAUUUCGCCGAAAAGUUUCUUCUGGCUGCUGCGCAGGCCACGCAGAUGAGCAACUCUCGAACCCUCACACCAGCUCAUAUGAAGCAGGCUAUGAUGGCGAACCGACAUUUUCAUUUUCUUGCGGACAUUUUCAAGGAAGUAGCGGUUCCCGGACGGAUGGGGCCUGAGUUUGAUCCAAACCUCUCGCGCCAGCAGAUGCAACUCUUACAGGCCGGUCUUCCGGCGGUUCCUCCUGGUCAGAGUGCAAGCCCAGUUUGCAGCCCUUGCACUCCGAUCUCGCCUAUGGGGGCUGGUGGCUCCACAGCGAUGGGAGUUCCUUCGUCAAGCAAUGGUUCCCCUUAUACGGUUCCUGUCCCUGGAUCUCUACCUUACAAUAUUCCAUAUUCGCCGAUAUUGUCCAGUGUGGUCGUACCUGGACAGGCACAACCCAUUCCUCCACCAAUGCAAUAUCCAUCUGUGCCGCCAUCCAUGACAGCAAUUUCGCCAUCGCCUGCCUCCUCAGCAUCAUCCACCCGCAAGGCGCUAAACGGAAAAAAGACGGAUGCCACAGCGGAGGGUGAAAAACCCAAACGUGGACGCCCACGCAAGAUUAAGCGGUCUGAAAAAUGCCUCGACGACGAGCUGUGCGAAGAGGUAACGAAUGGAAUUGAAAAGGAGGAUCAGGAUCGGGCGCUUAUGCCACCACCAGCACUUCCAAUGGGGCGUGCCAGACCAGUCGCGUGA